AUGUCGCCGCCGAAAGGUAUGAGAAGGAGAGAGUGGAGCCAGCCGACGUCGUGGGCUUUCCCUCGGUCCCCCCCUCCAAAGCGGGGGCCCGUUCUCCAACAUCCACUAGAGUAUCGAACCAUCGCUGACAGUGACCAGAAGGCAUGCGACAGCGCACGUCCCGUGUGCGGAUCAUGCACUCGACUGGGCAUUCCUUGCGUGUUCCCAAAGCUGUACCGCAACGCAAAGGGUGAACUUGUGCCGUCACCUCAGCCAAACGGUCGCACAAAGAAGCUUCCGCGUGGGGAUGACUCGCCAGAAAUCGCGACACGCAUGCUGCACAGCGAACCGCCUGGCCCAUCCACCUCAGGAACAACAACAACUUCAAACCCCUGGGAGACCACUCCGACAUCCAACCCUCCAAACUGGCCACAAUCCCAUCCAUCGGCAACGAGUACUGCUUACCCUCUCGACGAGAUGGAGGGCGAUAGGGAAGGCGACCUGUCCGAUUCUGCCCUCGACCAGUUCCUCGCGUCGUUAGGCGACACGGGUGAGAACGGGCAGGCAUGGGUCUGGCCGCUGUUCACAGACUCUUCGGCGCUCGAGCUCGAUCUCGCAGGGGCCGGAAGUGGUGGGGGUGGUGGGAACGGAAACGGUGCGGCCGCUCCCAGCGGACCGUCCGCCGCACCCCCGAACAACAACAACUCGGCGGCGGGGUAUGACACGGGUGGCGCAGCAAAUCUCUUCUUGCCGAACAAGAUGGUGACGGCGGCGGCCGUCCUUGAGCAUCUCCCAGCACUAUAUGACUAUUGGGUCAAUAGCUUCUCCCAUGUCCUCUCCGUUCUUGGCCCCGGUCACAACCCUCAAGUCAACGGCAUGCUCCCGGUCGUGCAGCGAUCACCACUCGUCAUGUGUGCCCUAAUUGCCUGGGCGGCUACACAUCGGGCGAACAUUGGUCACCCGUACGAGGAUGUGGCACGGCUUGCGACCGACACGACCGAGCUCCAGAUCGACCAACUGGAAAUCGAACGAGAUUUCAGCGACGAGGAGCGGGAAGAGUACAUGUGGACACUGCUGAUUCUUGGCGGCCUCGAAAUCGUGCGAGGUGACGUCAAGGGCUGGGUCGCGCGCUUACCGGUGACACGACGACUGCUGUCUCGCGCCAUCGAGAAGAGCGACUUUAAGAAGUCGCUCACUUGGCAGUCUCUUGGUUAUAACUGCGUGUACCACGACGUCCUGGCUUCUUUGACCACUACCCGAGCGCCUCAAUUCCCCGUCGACAUGUACACCCGGAUCCUCACGGCGAGCGACCUUGAAAUGGACAGCUACAUGGGCGCAACGCGAGGAAUUUUCCCAUUCCUGAUUGAAACUGCCAUGCUGGCUGGGCACAUCCACGACGUCCUCCAGCAACCGCCGUCCGACGACCGUGACGGCGCCCUCGCCCAGCUCCUCGCCAAGGCCGACUCCAUCACCGUGCGUAUCCGCGCAGCGGACGUUCCUCCUGGCCUUUUUGCGCAUCCAUUGCCAAUUGGUACGGAUCGAUCCCUGCUUGUCGUGGCGUUUCAGACCUACCAGAUUGCCGCCGAGCUCUAUGUGCGGCAAGCCGUGUUCCGUACAGGCCCCUCGGACCUCGUGAACCGCCAGCUCGCCACACGGAUUCUCAAGUAUAUGCGCCUUCACCUCGGCACCCCCAACGAAAGCCAAAUGAUGUUCCCACUCUUUUUGGCAGGCGUAUGCACCAGCAACGAGGCAGGACGCAAUGAAGUGUUGGGUAUUUUCAACAAGUUUUCGCAACGCGUUCAAGUUCGCAAUGUGUUCACCGUUGUCAAUCUUUUGAUUGACGUGUGGAAGCAUGACCCCAACGGCGACCGAUUUGUCGAUUGGCGCAAGCUUGGAGAGGAGAUGGGUGUGGCGCUGUCAUUUGCGUGA